CAGUCCUACCGUCGACCCGCACAACUCCGGCCUCGUCGCAAUUCAGCCUGGUCACAGCCCAGCCUUGUCGCAAGUUUGACUCGUCACAAUCCAGCUUCGUGCAAUUCGACAUCGACACAAGUCGACGCCAUUCCCAAAUAUGGCCGAGGGCAUUCAUGUCCCGACAGAAAUCUCUCGAGGUUUGGAGGACCGACCAACAGCAAUCCAAGAAGCUCCAAAAGAGCCCCAUAUUGCAGGCCAAACUUCCGAGAAGGGCGAACUAGAAACGAGGGAAGCAGAUAGAGCUGGAGCAGAAAGUCGUCGAGGAGAGGUGAGCGAAGUAGUAGUGAAUGGAAUCGACUUCCAGCAGUUCAUAAUAGAUAAUCCAAGGGAGGACGAACGCUCAUCAGUCCCUCCACAUGCAAAUGAAAAGACCAAGAACGCGCCCACAUAUGCAUCUUUCGGCGACAAAACAACAACGGCUAGUACGAAUGCACACGGCUAUCUCACACAGAUCACGCGAUAUUUAGGAGUUGGUCAAUCAGGAUUCGUCUGCGUAGAUCUCCCCGGUGUACCACAGCCAUCCGAUGUCCAUGAUCGGGCGGAAAAACUCAUGGCUCUUUCCACACACAACGAUGAAGCUAUCGCUGCCUAUUUCAAUGAAGAUAUUCCAGUGGAGUUAGGCAAGGCUGCCGAAAUGCUGCCUACGUUGGAAUUCAUUCACAAUCGUUGGCCAUUGUUCACUACUCAGCCUACCGAUCACCCCUACUUCACCAAGGCCAUACAACAUAUCGUUUUCCAAGAUAUCGUUUUCCAACAAUACCGUUAUGAGUCGACGACGGAAGGCUCUGUUACGAUCCCAUCGACUUUUUUUAUCUCAGCGGAUCUCCUGAUACGGGAGUUGGACUUCAUCGACCAAAAAAAUCAAUUCAAUAAGGACACAUCACAGUCCUCUCAGUACUCGCAAUCUCUUGGCGCAAAUGAUCGCAACCUCAUUCUUACUCAUGAGAACAUCAAUGAGAGUUACAAGGUUGCCUUGGCAAUCGCGGUUUUCGUGAACGGCGAGGCCCAGCCUAUUGAGCAUUACAUGGGUGAUUGGUAUCAAACAAAAGGCGAAGAAGAUCGUGGACAUCAGCUUCGGCCCUUGGAGCCGCUUCUAGUAACAUUGGCCUUUAAGCUAGUGCCAUUGCAAGCCGAAAUUGAGGAGAACGUUCCUUUAAUCUCCAAGUCAGACCUUUCCAACGCGUACAAAGCAUUUACAGCACCUUCAUUCACGAAAUUGACGUUUUCAGCCGAUCCACAUUUGGACUUUGCCCUACGACGUAACCUAGAGCACAUACUUUCCGUCUGUAGUAUUCCAGUGGGUUCGAUACCAUUAGAGAGCGAGGGAUCAAAAGUCGCAUUGACCUGUGGAGACAUAUCGGGACAUCGAAUCGUUACGUCGGCAACUUUCUUUGCCUUUCACUUCUUGCUUUCGAUGUUUGAAUACCUCGAAAAGCCCGAACCUCAGCAGGGACAGAGCAAGGAUAAGCAGGAACAUACCCUCGCUCAAUGUAAGUGCCGUAAAGACAAAAGAUCGGCUUGCGAAAGGGCAUUCUUGGCUGCGCUACGAAACAGAAUCAAGGAUACGUGCCGGGCCCACCUGACAUGGAUCGAGCAGACCGGAAUCAUGCGUGUGACUUGGAAAGAAGGGCAGACCAAGGAUAUGCGUGAACUUCUCGGAGCAGACUAUUGGAUCACAGGCACAAAAAUACCGCAUAUGAGUUCAAAAGAAGUUCUGAGCCCGAAGUCAUUGUCGGACUGGCCCUUGAACAUCAUCAAAUUCGCGGACUUCGCGAUAAGAACCAAGAAUGAGGAGAUCAAGGGGCUUUUCGAAGAGCGAGGGAACUCAUUGCGAUCCAGUGUUGGCGAUUGGGUCGAAGCACUAGAUCUAGAGAACGCACGUGGAUUUUAUGCAAUUCCUCGCCCUCUGAGCAAAUCACGUCCAGGACAGAAACGCUACCGCCUUGAAGACCACGUAUGGAUGUGGAGAGCGCUCCUAUCUAUUAAGAGGCUCGGCCUCCAGAAAGAACUCAAAACAAGCAAGACUUCCCCGACGAAGCCGCCGCGUAUUGGACCCUCUGGCCGUCCUGACUUAAAGAACCCACUGCAUCAUAGCUACACACCGGCAGACUUCCAGUCUAAAGCGAUAAGGCGGUUCACCACAGAGAACAAUGUGUCAAGACGGAAGAUGGUUGCUAUUUCUCGUACAGCAUCCGCAAGCAGGUUUCUCUUCCAUUCUACGGACACAGCAUUGUUCUACGACACGUGGACACCAUUAUUCGACAAGUCAGACACCCUGUGGAUAGCCACGAACGAUGUGCAGAGGUUUCACAAAGGCAAUGAAGAUUUGGAGUGGGGUAACCCCUUGCGCUACGCACUGGCUAUGAUGAUGGCAAAAAAUGGGCAUCCGAUCAACACUAGGUCCCCAUCUAGUAUGUUUACCAUCGCGAAAGACAUUCUGCUUGGAAGCUCCUCGCGGAACGGCAUUUUCCCAGGCCAACUUCAACCAGGCAGUAAAGAGCCCGAUUUUAGCUGGAAAGACUUUCACUGGCAGGCUAGCUUUGAAGUGCCCUGCAUUCUUUGGGAAUGCAGGUUGAAUGUGGAAGAUAGUAAGAAACCCGAGGAGGCAAAUCCGGUGAACCCCACCGCUGGGCAACCAAUUCAGAUUGAUCCGCAAAAAGAAUCCCAGACCUUGGAGAUGAGGAAGUCAAUACCGUUCAACAUUCUCAUUGAUGAAAAAAGCAUUGUUGAGCUGUCGGAUGAAUGGCUGUACGAUUAUCCCGAAUUCCUGGACUCUAACGAUGACAUAGAAGGCUCGCGUAAGAGUAUCAAGUUGAUCAUCAAGCCCUCAGACACACUACUGAGAGGCGUAGUCGUCGAUGUCCCGAGAUCAGAUGGGGCAGGUCACUGUCAGCAGCUAGAAAAUGGGUUCAACGCCUCGUGCAACCUGGACAUCUACGACAGAUUCAAUCGUCCCAGAACAGCACAGGACGCUAAGAAAAGGCUUAUCUGGCUACCUAACCCCAAUUCCGAUACGAAAGAGCUGUGCAUUCUUGCAUCUCCAAAGGCAGAGCAGGAAUGCCUGGAAGAGUUUUUCGAGAAGCACGACUACAAGCGGAAAUACUUCUUCGACGAAGUGAUAGCAACUUCGAACCUUUGGAAGACUGAGUUCCAUUUAUCCUCUUAUCAAGUCUUUGAAGCACGAGAAGGCAGAAGGAAGGGUGAUCAAGCACACGAAGGCAAAAGGAAGGGUGAUCUUAACUUCCUUGGGGGCAGUAUGGUGAUGAGGAGAGCGGGGACGGGCUUUCGAUUCGUUGGCGACUUUUGGGAUCGCUAUUGGACAUGUCACGUUCUUGAACAUGAACCAACGGAAGACUCCCAGCGGGAGCAGUCCUUCGACCCAGACAAAAAGGAUGAUCUGCUAAAACGCUUCAAGGAGCUCAUCAGACCCGAGGACACUCUGUCCAAAUUUGAGCGGGACAAAGAGCCGUGGCGCCAGCGUAAGGUACUGGAACUUCUGUUGUUCGAUCUCAUGCUCAAGAAGAUCGCGGGGCGUUAUGGCGAGAUGUUUGAGCAGACGGGCGAACGACUGAGUAGCCUCUUUCCACGUGCGAAAACAGCUGGCAUCGACCGUACGGACGUUCUCCUCGUCCUGCACACUUUGUUGUCUAUACCCAUGAACACCUCCGCCUACUCAGAAUUCCGGAAAAAAUGGCCAGCCUUUCAGUAUACUCUGCAAGUCAUGGAGGAAGAUUUGAAGGAAAACCUAGAAAAAAUUGGAUUCUGGAGAGAUCGAGAAAGCGAGCGCCAGCUUGAACGACCAAGAUGGACCAGGAACGACGAGAGGAAAUACAGGCCUGUGAUAUCCAAGGUUACGGCGUCGAACAACCAAAGAAUCCGGAUUCUAGAACACUAUCUUGCAGACAUCCGGUCGUUAAGACUAUCGCUCGAGCGCAUGUCUGACUCCACAAGAGACGAGUUAAACUACGAAAGUGCCGAGAAUGUCCGCUUCUUCACCUACGUAACCGUGAUAUUCCUUCCAUUAGGAUUUGCUACUGGCAUCUUCAGCAUGAAUGCUGCUCCUGGAAAAAAGACCUUGAAUGGCAUGGUUAUUACGGCGAUCAUCACUGUCAUUGUCACCAUCAUUGUUCUGACAUUGAUUCGACCAGUGCUGACUGUUACCCGCCCCAUUCGACUCAAGGCUUCCGCAUGGCUAGAUUCUCUUCGGAAAGCGAGAGAGGACGACGCAGAAAAUUCUAGGAACUCAAGCCCCAUUCAUAAUCAUCAGAUCAUAAAAGUCGCAUCCAACCUUCAACCCACUUUAGACAAGGAGCCUGCCUUAAGCAGACUACUCCGACGAGUGAAAGAUGUCUUCAGCGUGCGCGCAGCACGGCCAAUGAAGCCCAAUCACCACCCGCCCGAUCUAGAGAGGGGACAGAAGACACAAGAAAAGCAUGUUGAUGACAAUAGUCUUGGGAAUGAGAAGCCACUCGACCCUAAAUGAUGCAGAGUCUUAACUUGUUUGCUUUUCUUUUCGAGUUGCAGGGGCUUCGUUGGGCAUAAAUCUCCAGCCAGUAUUGAAUCCAUAUACAUCUGUUGAUAUCUAUUCGAGUAAAUCUAUAAACAUUCCAGCGUGUAGUUAGUACAAGUCUUCUUUAGUAAGUAUCGUGUCGUGCGAGAAACUUAGGCGUUUCUCUUUACUGCUAAAAGGAC